AUGGCGGACUCGUCCGGCGUUCCCUCCUCUCUGGAGGCGAGCUUGGACUGGGGUGUUGCAGGCGCGCAAGGCACGCCUUUUUCUUUGGAAGAAGAGCGUUCGUUCGCCUCGCCUGCUUCCCCAGAAGCUACCUGUUCUCCGUUUUCUCCGUCUCCCGGCGCCUCGUACUCUCUCCGCUGCGAUCUCUUCCCUUGGUCUGAGCUCUCGACUGCAUGCAGAGGCUGUGCAGCCCAUUUGGCCGUCCUCGCCUCGCUGCGCGCGCGCUUCCCCGCCGCGCUUCUUCUGCCCUCUGCUGCUUCACCCGUUCUGCUGCUGAAUUUCUCUUCUCUCCACUCACUCACGCUCUGCGCCGUCGGACGUCAUCCUCGGCAAAGGGGAUCAGCCGCGCGAGAGAGCCUCACAGACGAUGGCGCGCCAGCCUGGCGCCGGUCCAGUGGUAUCUUCGCGGAAGAGAGAAACAGAGGAGAACGAACGCGCGCCGAGGCGCAGCGCGGGAGACCUGUCGAGGUCCUCUACGGGUGGACAGGCGACGCAGAGGAGAGUCUACCGGCGGACACAGAGACAGAGGGAGAGGACAGACAAGGCGGAAGGAGAAAAGGAGUGCCAGUCAGAAUUCACUGGGCUGUCGUCGACUUCGUCGUGGAAACCGUCCACCGAAGUCUUCCUCGCUUCUUUUCUCUCUCGCGGCCGCUGCCUCCGCCGGAGGUCUUGAUGGAGGCGGCGCUGCUCGGGUGGCGACGACGAGAGCGAAGCCGCCGAGAAGACGAAGCUCGCAGAAAACUUGCAAGGUGCAGAGGGAAGAAGAUCUUCCUGCACAGCGCAAUGACCGACGUCCACGAAUUUUCCUUCGACACCACCAAGCAGAGGUUCCAGACGACCCCACUGAAGCCCCUCACGCUCGCGUCUCUCGGACGCGUUUUCUGCGACAGUUCAGUCUUUGCUUCCAUGUUCGACCGCCGCUACUACGUGCUGCAGCAAAGAUGUCUCCUCCACCCUCUCCUGUCUCUCCACGGACGCAGUGCCUCGGAAGGAAGGGUACAGGCGCCCGGCUUCCAGUCCGAUGCAGACACGAACGCGGCGGUCAAACGCGUGGUCUUCGAGGUAGACGGUGUGGCGCGGCGGGCGGGGCAGCGGCAGUUGCUCCUCGCGAUCUUGGGGAGAGACGUCAACAAGGAUCUCGCUCUUCAAGGCCUUUUCAGCGACAUUCGCAUAAAAUUCGAGAAAGAGUUCCGACCUCGCCCAGGCUUCUUUCUCGAAGGCCAUGUGGUGCUCGCGGACGGCUUCUUCACGAAGCAUGACGACUGCUUCCACGUCAUUGACCUGUCGCAUCCUCCGCGGUGGCCUUCGUCGGAUCGGCUUCUCUUCGGGCAGCGCUCGAGACGAGCUCCGUUAGGUUGCAAGCGGAGGCGCACGACGCCUUCGCCGACAGACUCUUUCACAUCUUUCCUCGAGGAGGAGGAAGGUUUGAUCGCUGGACAGCAGGCGAGCGCGAUGUUUGGAGGGCUGCUGGCGUUGAGCGAGUUGACGGCUCUCGAAGAGUGGCGAGAAAUCGAGGAAGAGCGAGAAGAAGAUCAAGACGAAGAGGACCUGAGAGACGUCCUCGCGGUCCUCGAGCCGGAAGUCUCCGACGGUGCAGCGACAGCUGGCGGAGGGUCGGAGACGAAUGAGAAGGAGAACAGAUCAGGGGGCGAGGAGGGCAGGGGGAGGAGACCACAGGGGAAGAGAGACAGUGGAAAAAUGGAGGUCAAAAUUCAACAAGAUCGAGAUUCGCCAGACCCUAUGGCGUGGAUUAUCGUCACAGAGUGCCACUUCAACGAACGAGAGGACAUCGAACUCCUCGGCGAAAUGCUCGCGACGUUCGAGAGUCAAGACGAAUAUCCAUCGGGGUUCGUCUUCCUGGGCAGUUUCUCGUCCACCAUCUCCGGAGGCGAAGAUGUCUACAGCGCAGGUUUCAACGCUCUCUUCGAUCUCCUCACGUCUCGCUUCCCCCUCUUUGUUUCUCGCUGUCACUUCGUCUUCGUUCCUGGACCAGACGACCCUUCCUUCGCCAGAGAGAGCCUGCCGCGGCUGCCUCUGACGCCUCCGUUCACUUCCGACUUUCAGCAACGAAUUGAGAAGGCUGUUCCUGCGAGCAAGGGAAAAAUUUUCUUCACCACCAGUCCGUGCAGGCUUCGUCACUUCACUUCCUCCAUGGUUUUCUUUCGUCACGACGUUUUCAAGGCUCUUUCUCGAGAUGCGCUCCUGACGGGCGGCCGGAACAAAGAGACAGAGGGACAGACUUCUGUUGAUGCCGAUAUCGUUGACCUGCUGUACAACACGGUGGUGGGCCAGGCGCAUUUGUGCCCCAUCACGGCUGACCACCGUCUCCUCAAACACAGAGACCAGAGUCUCGGCCUCUUCCCCAUGCCUGACCUUGUUUUCCUCUGCGACAAAUCGGCUCCACCGGUGAUCAAAAAAGAUCCCAGAAAUCCAGAUGAGUUCAUCUUCGCAAACGCAAACGCGUCCUUCAGAAAAACAAAAAGUUUCUUCAUCUACGAAAUGGCAACACACCAGCUAACCAAGUAUUUUGUACCCAGCAGUGGGGUGGCCAAGUAG